CCAACUUCAUAGCAAACGAAAUUUCACAUCUGAUAGAGUUUGUUCUGCGGCUAAAAACAUAAAUACCGCAAAAAAAUCAUAAAUUUAAGAGAGAAGUUCAAUUGUUUUUAUAGUUUUGAGAAAAUGUCAGCGGAAAAAAAGAAAAGAGUUGAUAAAAAGAGUCGAUUGACGGAGAUCGAGAAGCCGAGAGGAUUUGAUCGAGGGUUGGAAUUAGAUGAGAUUGUUGGAGCCACCGAUUAUACUGGAGAGUUGAUGUUUUUAGUGCGAUGGCACGAUUGUACUGAAUUAGAUUUGAUAGCCGCAACUGAAGUUAAUGAAAAAAGUCCACAAGAUGUUAUAAAAUUCUAUGAGAAUCGCUGCCAGCUGAAUCGCAAAGCAAAGGAACGUGAUGUUCAAAACAUUCCAAUCAUACCGGAUCCAAAUCCUGUCAUUUCCAAAGUGGAACAAGCCGAUGAAGUAGCCGAAGCCCCAGUACCCGAAUAGAGAUGUGUGUUCAAUGGAAGUCAUUAAAUCUAAGCAACAAAUUAUAACUAAAACAAAUAACACUUUGAUUCAACAUAUUGGUUUUAAUCAUUUUAAACAUCAUUUUAACAAGCAGAAUUGUAUCAUUUCAUUCUAAAAAAAACAAAUGUUUUUAUCAAAAUAAAUUCCAUUUCGACAAUGUAGUGUUUACUAUGGA